UAUAAAGAUUUUGUUCGUGGUUAACGUGCAUAGUUUCAUUAGGCUGCAACCGUGGUACAAGUAUACAAUAGAAUUAAUAAAAUUCCCAUUUUUUUUUUUUUUGUUUUGGCUUCAUAGUUCGUUCAUAUCGAUAAAAUACUAAGUAUUUAGUUUCCGGAAUUCAAUUCUGUCAAUAGUGUAUCAUCGACCAAAGUAUUUAUUCAAGAAUCGACUAACGCUUUAAGAUAUUCCAUUGAAAUCAAACCAUUUUCUUCAAUAUGGAGGACGACCUGCCAUCCAAGUAUGAAGUAAUCGUCAUUGGCACAGGUAUGACCGAGUCAAUAGUUGCUGCUGCUGCUAGUCGAAUUGGAAAACGAGUUUUACAUUUAGAUAGAAAUGACUAUUAUGGUGGUAUGUGGGCAUCAUUUACGUUUGAAGCUCUUCAAAAAUGGCUUGAGGAAUGUAGAAAUGGAAAAACAAAUGAUUUUGUGAAAACAUCUUCUCCCUUAGUGCAAGACACCGAGAAAUCUAUAACUAUAGGCAAUCAAUUUUCCACUGUAUUCAAUAUUGAAGAAAAAUGGUUUAUACCCGAAAAACUUCCUUCAGUUGGUAAUUUGCUUAGUGCAAAAAUUACUCAAACUGAAGAUAGUCCCAAAGAAAGUAAAGAUGGACUGACUGAAACUGAAGCUACAUUAAAACAAAAUGAUAAACUUUGGUGUCAAGCUAAAAUUAAAACCAUGGGGCGUAAAUUUAACCUGGAUUUAGCACCUAAAUUACUUUUCUCUCGUGGCACACUGGUUGAACUUCUUAUUUCAUCAAAUAUCUCUCGUUAUGCUGAAUUUCGGUGUGUAAAUCGUAUUCUUACUUGGCAGUCUGAUAAAUUGGAAACUGUUCCAUGUUCUCGAGCAGAUGUGUUUGCUACUAAGAAUGUCGGACUUAUUGAAAAACGACAAUUAAUGCAACUAUUAACUUUGUGUGUUGAAUAUAAACCAGAGAGUGGUGAAUUUAAAGGGUUUGAAGAUAAAACACUAAAACAAUACUUAGAAAGCAAAAACUUAACUGAAAAUCUAAUGCAUUAUGUAUUAUAUGCUAUUGCUAUGUCAAAUGAUACGACACCAUGUAUGGUUGGUGUUGAAAGAACCCAACGAUUCCUAAGUAGUCUUGGUCGUUAUGGUAAUACACCGUUUUUGUGGCCCAUGUAUGGUACUGGAGAACUUCCACAAUGCUUUUGUCGACUAUGCGCUGUAUUUGGAGGUGUGUAUCAUCUGAAACGGGCAGCCGAUAGUGUUAUAGUAGCAAACAAUGAAUGUAAAGCUAUUUUAUCUGAUGGAUCACGGCUUGAUUGUGAUCAUCUUGUAAUGGGUGUUGCUGAUGCUCCUCCAGAAUUUUUAGGUUCUGUUCCUAAAGCAGGUCUUUCAAGAGGCAUUUUUAUAAUUGAUAGAUCAAUAUCUACUACUGAUAAAGAGUCUUUGACAUUACUUCAAUUCCCAAUUAAAGGAAAAGAGCCAAUAACAGUAAUUGAAGCUGGACCAUCCACUCACGUUUGUCCACCUGGACUAUAUUUACUACAUAUGACGACUAAACAAAUAGAUAAUGCAGUAAAUGAUUUAAAACCGGCUGUUGAUGCAUUAUUACAUUCUGAAUAUGCAGAUGGUACUACCAUAAGAAUAAAUACUGACACUCAAUCAACUCAAACGUCAAAAGAGGGAGAUUCUUCUGGAUCGAGUGGGGAGUCAAAUAUACUAAAUAAAUCAUUAAAACCUCAAAUCUUGUAUGCACUUUAUUUUAAUUGCCCUGAAACAUCAGAAUAUGAUUUAUCGCAAAAUGUUCCAAAUAAUCUACAUUUGUGUUCAGGACCUGAUCUAGCAGUUGAUUAUGAGUUUGCUGUUAAACAAGCCAAAUCUAUUUUUUCCAAAAUGUAUCCAGAUUCUGAAUUUUUGCCCCGUGCUCCUGAUCCUGAAGAACUAUCUCUCGAAGUUGAUGAAGCUGCUGGUCCGCCUUUCCAAAGUUCUGAAGAACCUAAAGAAGAAUGAUUUAACUUAUAAAAUAUCCUGCAUUUGCUUUAAUUUUUUUAUGAUAGGCUAUUAUUUUACCAAUUUAAUUUAAGA